AUGGCGCCGCACCGAGAGGAAGCCGCCGUCAAGGGCUCGGCCCACCGCGACGCGGACGAGGAGGCGCUGCAGGCGGCGCUGCAAGAGUCCCUCGAGCCCGACUUUAUGGCCGAAAUCCUGCAGUCGGAGGACCAGCAGCGACGUCAGGAGGCCGCGCGCGUCCAGUUGAGUCGGAUGCGGCUCGAAAGCACACCAUCUGUGCGUCAAACGGAGGAGGACGACAGCGCGGACGACGACGAAGACGAUGAACCCUUUGUGCGCGUCUCCAGCGCUCUGGAAGUGGCGCUGAAGGCCCCGGAAGAUGCCGCAGAAGCAGAAGAGGAGGAGGGGGAAGAGGAGGAGGACCCCAAUGAGGACCACAAGCUGCUCAACUUCGCCGACAUCCUGCUCAUCGACAUCCUCAAGUGGCUGGACGAAGACACCAUCGGCGCCUGCGUCUGCACGUGCAAGCGGCUGCUGCAGGUGGCGCGCUCCGAGGUGCUGUUCGAGGCGCUGUGCCGCCGCAUCUUCCCCGUGCAGAACCCCAGAGCAGCCGCCGCUGCCGCGCGCAACAAGUUCGGGCUGCGGCGCUUCCCGACCUGGUUCGCCAUGUUCCACGACCGCCCGCGCGUGCGCUACAACGGCUUCUACUGGCUGAAAGUGUCGUACUACAAGAAGCCCGAGCUCAGCAUGUGGACGGACAUCGUGCCCGGCACGAUCCUCAAGUGUAUCUACUACCGCUACUUCUCCUUCCAGCGGGACGGCACCGUGCUGUACGGCAUGCUGUUCAAGCCGCCGCACGAGGUGGAGUCGCACAUCCGCAACGAGCGCAAGGGCGUCUACCGAGGGCAGUUCUACGUGGACAGGGACGAGCUCGUGGUCUCGGUGCCCACCAACUGCAACGAAGUCAACUUCCGCCUGAGGAUCACGCAGCGAGAGCGCGGCAAGAACGUCAAGUUGAUCCUCAAGGAGCACUUCGCCAACUCGGAGCCCGACGGCAGCGGCUGGAUCAACUACUACGACACAGCGGACGAGGAGUUCUACUACUACCGAUCGUGGAACCUGUGA